UAUGUACAGAGUUGAAAAUACGCUUACAUCCAACCGCACUUGGCUGGCACUCAGGACGCCUGUUCCUUUUUAUUAAUGCUUGAAGCGACAGUGUACUUAUGAUUCCUCGCAUUACAAGAGAGUCACUGUAUGCACUAACGGCUGGCACCUCAGGCUGGACGCGAAGAUGCAGGUUGAUCCACUCCCUUCCCAUUCCUCCCUCGACCGCUUCCCUAUCCUGCGCAGAAGACCAGGAAAGUGCGAAGGUUUGGCUUUGCUCGUUCGAAGAGGCUAAAACCAUCCCGAAAAACCUAGUCGAGCUUACUUUCUCUCGCAGUUCUGGUCCGGGAGGACAGAACGUCAACAAGGUGGAGACCAAGGUUUCUGCGCGUUGCCGUGUAGACGCACCUUGGAUACCGAUGUGGGCACGCGAGAGCCUCACGAGGACGCCGUACUACGCCAAAACCUCACAUUCUUUAUUGAUUUCAUCUAGCGCGUCUCGGUCGCAAGCACGAAAUAUCGAUGAUUCCCUGAGCAAAAUGCAUGCCGUCGUGAUUGACGCUGCCAAGGACUUCAUUACCAGCAAACCUAGUGCAGAACAAAGACAAAGGGUUGCCAAUCUUCAGAAGGCACUCGACAGUCGAAGGAGACUCGAGAAGGAUAAACGCAGCGCCGUGAAGAAGACGAGGUCAGAUAAGGGAUGGAGCGACUAAGCGUUUGUACAGGAGGAAAAG